UUUGCAGAUCGAUGAGAUGUCUUCGCAGGUGGCGAAGGCAUUGGGGUCGGUGCGGGGCUCUGGCGGUGUCCCGCACUCGCCGGGCGAAGAUCGCGAGACCUGGGGCGGCAAAGUGGACUUUUUGCUGAGCGUCAUCGGCUUCGCUGUCGAUCUGGCUAAUGUCUGGAGAUUUCCUUAUCUUUGUUACAAAAAUGGCGGUGGUGCAUUCUUAGUCCCAUACUGUAUAAUGUUGCUUGUUGGAGGCAUUCCACUCUUCUACAUGGAACUUGCACUUGGUCAAUUCAAUAGGAAAGGUGCAAUCACGUGUUGGGGAAGAAUAGUGCCUCUAUUUAAAGGAAUCGGUUAUGCGGUGGUGGUGAUAGCCUUUUAUGUUGAUUUUUACUAUAAUGUAAUAAUAGCGUGGGCACUGAGGUACUUCUUCGCGUCGUUUACAUCCGAACUGCCUUGGGCAUCGUGCGACAACUAUUGGAAUACUCCUGCUUGUAGACCUUUUCAAUAUACAAGAGAGAAUAUUUCAGCAGCUGCACAAAUUGAUAUAACUGAUUCGGAAUCGCCAGCAGCCGAAUAUUUUACGCGGGUUAUUUUGGAACUUGACCAAAGCGAUGGAAUUCACGAUCUAGGAAGAAUCAAGUGGGAUAUGGCACUAUGUCUUUUGGCUGUCUAUAUUAUCUGUUACUUUUCACUUUGGAAAGGAAUUAGCACAUCAGGAAAGGUGGUGUGGUUUACAGCAUUGUUUCCUUACGUAGUAUUAAUAAUUUUAUUUAUUCGCGGAAUUACGUUACCAGGAUCAGCAGAAGGUAUUAAAUACUACUUAAGUCCAAAUUUUACAACUCUGACAAAAGCCGAGGUUUGGGUUGAUGCAGCCACUCAAGUAUUUUUUUCUUUGGGGCCUGGAUUUGGUGUGCUUUUGGCAUAUGCUUCCUACAAUCAGUAUCACAACAAUGUAUACAAAGAUGCCUUGUUGACUUCCAUGAUAAACUCCGCCACAUCAUUUGUUGCUGGUUUUGUGAUCUUCAGUGUAUUAGGAUAUAUGGCUCAUGCUUCUGGUCGUUCUAUACAAGAUGUUGCGACCGAAGGCCCUGGUCUUGUUUUUAUUGUUUAUCCAGCAGCAAUUGCAACUAUGCCAGGAAGCGUUUUUUGGGCGCUCAUCUUCUUUUUGAUGUUGCUCACACUUGGUUUGGACAGUUCUUUUGGCGGUUCUGAAGCCAUAAUAACGGCCUUAAGUGAUGAAUUUCCAGUAUUAGGAAGACACAGGGAAAAAUUUGUUGCAGUUUUAUUCGUAAUAUAUUUUCUUGUUGGACUCGCAAGUUGUACUCAAGGUGGUUUCUACUUCUUUCAACUUUUGGAUCGAUACGCAGCUGGUUAUAGCAUAUUGGUUGCAGUACUUUUUGAAUCUAUUGCUGUCUCUUGGAUAUAUGGCACCGAACGAUUUUGCCAGGAUAUAAAGGACAUGAUUGGUUUCUCACCUGGUAUCUAUUGGAAAGUUUGUUGGAAAUUUGUGGCACCUAUAUUCCUAAUCUUCAUUACAAUGUACGGUUUACUAGGUUACGAACCAUUGACUUAUGAAGGUUACGUAUACCCUUAUUGGGCAAAUGUGAUGGGAUGGUGCAUUGCUGGUUCAAGUGUUGCCAUGAUCCCGAUUAUGGCUGUGAUCAAAAUUCUUCAGACAAAAGGCAGUCUUAAACAGCGAAUACACAUUUUGCUGAUACCUUGGAGAGAUUCUCAGAGAGCGGUAAAUGGUGAAGUCGAGUCAGGUGAAAUGCUGGAGGUGUGCGCCAGCCUGACUGCUCCUGCACCAGAAGCCGUCUGAAAUAAUAAUAGUAUUUUAAAAAAAUACUUUAAUUUAAUUAAUUUAUUAAGAACGUUUGCGACGUAUGUUUGGAUUUA